GCCCCGCGCACGGCCGCAGCCGUAGCCGCUCGCCCCCAGGUGCGGCGAGCGGUUCCGCCGCGAGAGGCUCAGGCGGCGGGAGCCCGGCGGCGCGCCCGGCGAGCGCGGCGUGGCCGCGCGGCCGGGCCUCGGCCGCGGGUCCGUCGCCAUCGUGCAUUGUCCUCGAGGACGACGAGUGA